UGGCAACACUGUGAACACGCGUUUUGUCUGUCGUAGAAAAAGAUACGAAUCGAAUUCGGAAUUUAUGAAUUCGAAUUUCUACUUUGCAGAGUGUAUCUACCCAGCGUAAAAAUUUAUAAAUAAUUAAAAAUGACUGCGUGGAGGCAAGCCGGAUUAAAUUACAUAAACUACUCCAACAUCGCUGCCAAGGUUCUGAGGCGCGCCUUGAAACCAGAACUACGUACGGAGGCACUCAAACGUGAUGAAUCGCAUGUUCGCAUAACUCCAUGGGCUAAUGGCAGACCAGCGCAUGAAAAGGAGUAAUUUUUAAUUUACAACAAGCUGAUAAAUGAAGAGAAGAAUGAAGAAAAAUAAUACUGAAAAUAUUAAUCAUUAUACAUAUUUAUUUCAAUAGGCCC